AGACGUAUUUACGUCAGAUUCUCCGGAUCCGUGGUUCCACUGUCAACUUUUUGAUCAGAGACGACCAGAAGUCAUUUUUGUUCAAAUGGAGAGGGUGUUGUGAUAUUAUUGUGUUGUUUUAAGUUUUUAAAGCGAGGUAAAGAGUCGGAGUGAAGAAAGUGUUCAGCGAGUUAAAAGCAUAUUGUGAAACUUUGGUGUCGUAAAAUAAGUUUCACUUGAACUGUCAGUAAUUGUGCGUUAAUAUAUAAUGACUUUUAUAAGUUGAGGUUAAAGAUGGCAAGAAUUGGCCUAUUGGUAUUAACAAAACCAACGAAGCUUGAGAGAAUUUUACCUGCAAUUAAUCAGCACGUUAAUUCAACGUUGUACGUUCAAUUGUACCCCGGAAGACGGCGUUUACAAAGUUUACCUUCAAGUAGUGAGACUGUUUUAAAUGUGCAGCAUCAUGGCCCUGCUGUAAUUAGUAUAUAUUCUCAAGCUACUGCAGUUUGCCAUAAUCUUGAUGUUCGAGUUUUAUUAGCUGGAAUCAAAGAUCCGUUUAUAUCUACAAUCCAAACAAGAAAGCAAAUAGAGGUGGUAAUCUUUGAUUGUCUUUUUCAUAAGGAUGAAGUAGAUAAUUUUUUAAAGUCCUGCCUCUUAAAUGCUACACAAACGUGUCAUGUUGUUACACUGAAUCAUCCUCCUCAUGGGAACAAUGUAGUCUCCGGAAUGGCUGAAUCAUUCAGUAUUGAUGGAAUUUUACCAAAUAAAGAAUUUAAAAUGUAUGAGAAUGUGGUAGUUGGAGGGACAUUUGAUCGGCUGCAUACUGGACAUAAGAUUCUGCUGAGUGAAGCUGUCCUUCGUUGUACAAGAAAGCUUACUGUAGGUGUUACUGAUACGUCAAUGCUGAAAUAUAAACUGUUGUGGGAGCUGAUUGAACCGUGCUCUGAUCGAAUGUGUUUACUUGAAGACUUUCUUCAAGAUAUAGAUCCUGGCUUGCAAUAUGACAUUGUUCCAAUUUAUGACCCAUUGGGACCUACAAGAGAAGACCCUAACUUUCAGAUGAUAGUGGUGAGUACAGAAACAUACAAGGGAGGGCUAAAAGUGAAUGAAUGUCGCUGUCAAAACAACCUGCCAAUAUUAGACAUCCACACAGUGGAUAUACUAGAGGCUGUUUCAGAACGUACAUGUGAUGAGGAAGAAGACAAGAUCAGCUCAAGUAAUAAUAGGAUGAGAUUGCUCGGCACAAGACUCAGAGUACCAGAGGCAAGGCCUCUACUAUCCAGGAAGCCGUAUGUUAUUGGUUUGACAGGCAAUAUUGCAAGUGGAAAGUCCUCGGUGGGAGAACAUUUGAGAAACCUUGGAGCAGGGUUGUUGAACUGUGAUAUUCUUGCCCACGGCGUUUAUACGAAAGGACAGACUUGUUAUGAAUCAAUAGUGCAACACUUUGGCAAGGAAAUUUUGGAUGAUGAUGAAGAAAUCAACAGGAAGGCUUUAGGAGCAAUUGUGUUCAAAAAUAAGGAACAGUUAGACAAGUUAAAUGGUCUGGUUUGGCCAGUGCUACUGGAUCGUGUAAAAGGUCAGAUUAAGGCCCUUUUUGAAGCUGGUCACCAGAUUGUUGUGAUGGAAGCAGCCGUCUUACUUCAGGCUGGUUGGGACAAACACGUCCACGAGAUUUGGGCAUGCAUUAUUCCACCAGAAGAGGCUGUGAAAAGACUUCAAGAACGCAAUAAUUUGACUGAAAGUGAUGCACGAGCGCGGAUAGCUGCACUGCCCAGUAACACAGAAUUAGUAGCGAAAGCUCAUGUUGUGGUGUCCACAUAUUGGAGUGCAACGUACACUCAGAAACAAGUGGCAAAGGCAUGGAAGGCAUUGCAGCUGUACCUGACUGACAAUGCAAAGUUAUGAAACUGAAUUGUUAUAUAGAGGAUUAUAUUUUGCUAUUUGUUGAUAUUGGUCUUAAAGGGAAAUGUUUUUCUUACAAUAUAUUGCGCACAUGUACUCCACAAACAUAUAUUGAACUCAGACUGGGUGACCUCUCAUAUUGUAGCGUAGCUGACAUUUUUUUUUGUUUAGUUAGACUGGGAUGUGCUUGUGUCAGCGUGCAGAGUAGCCCUUUGCAUAUAAUUUUUCAUUCCACAUUUGCUUGAAAGUGGUAUAUAAAUAAGCACACAAACAACUAUAAAGAAGACACUAUUGCCAUACGCGUUUGAACCUUAAAAGAUCAUCAUCAGUGGCAUCAGAGAAAUCAAUUCAUUUAAUUAAACAGCUCAAACUUGAUUUAGAAAAUAAAUAAUGAAUAGGAUAUUUGACGAAAAGUAUUAUAAGCGACACUGCAUCGAAUGUUGUUAUUCAUAGGAAUGGACUCUGCACUUAGCUAUUUAUCCGGAGGUCCGGUGGCCGUAGCUGGUCUGCGGCAAGCUGUAGUUUCGUCAUCCGUACCUGUGAACUCCAGAACAGUGGGCGAGAGACUGUCAGUCUCUCACCCACUGUUCGAUGCAGUGUCGCUUAUAAUACUUUUCGUCAAAUAUCUUAUUCAUUAUUUAUUUUCUAAAUCAAGUUCGAGCCAUUUAAUUAAAUGAAUUGAUUUCUCUGAUGCCACUGAUGAUGACCUUUUAAGGUUGAAACGCGUAUGACAAUAGUGUCUUCUUUA